AAGACUUAAUCUCCUCACACACGUCACCGGCCAGUCCUGUCUUUACCAUUCCGAUUAGAUUUUUUUUUUUUCUUUCUCCAUUGAAUUAAAAAAAAUCGAAGCUUUCUUCUUCCUUACACGAGUUAGGAUACUCCGUUAAUCCAAUUUAUACUUUUAUAUUCCUUGUUCAAUAAACCCUCAUUCGAUUCAAAUUUCUCGAUUUGAUUGCUAAAGAACCAAUUGAACUUUCAAUAAAACCUAAAGUUUGUGUGUUUUGAUCGAUUUGAUUCUCCGAUGAUGAUUCACGUCAUUUUCCUCGUUGUUUCCUUGUUCUCCUCCGCGUUUUCCGGUGAACUCUCGGACCCGUCGUCGAUUAUCAAGUACCCGUCGGAGGAGCCCAAGAGAGACGACGGAGACGAGGUCAAUUUGCAUUGCACGAGCUGGAGAUUCGCGGCGGAGACAAACAACCUCGCCCCGUGGAGCACGAUUCCAGCGGAGUGCGCCGACUACGUAAAGGACUACGUGCUGGGUAAAGCUUACGUCGCCGAUCUCGAGAGAGUCUCCGAAGAGGCUUCCGUCUUCGCGAGCACCGUCGAUUUCUCCGCCGGCGACGGCAAAGACGCGUGGAUUUUCGACAUCGACGAGACUCUCUUGUCCAAUCUUCCGUACUACAUCGACCAUGGCUUCGGGCUUGAGCUGUUUGAUCACUCAGAGUUCGAUAAAUGGGUAGAGAGAGGAGUGGCACCAGCCAUAGCACCAAGCUUGAAGCUUUACCAAAGAGUUGUAGAUUUGGGGUACAGAGUUUUCUUGCUUACCGGGAGGAAAGAGAGCCACAGGCUUGUCACUGUUGAGAACCUCAUCAAUGCCGGUUUCCAGAACUGGGACAAGCUCAUUCUCAGAUCUCCAGAUGAACAGCACAAGAUGGCGACGCUGUACAAAUCUGAGAAGAGGGAUGAGAUGGUGAAAGAGGGAUUUAGGCUUAGAGGCAACUCGGGUGACCAAUGGAGUGAUCUGUUGGGUUCCUCCAUGUCUCAACGAUCUUUCAAACUUGCAAAUCCAAUGUAUUAUAUCCCCUGAAGAUUGAAGGCAAGGGGAGCGUCAUUCAAUAUUAUUAUUUUCUAAAUUGUAUAGACUUACUUACCCGAGAGUAAUCAAAGUUUUAUGAUUACCUAAGCUUGUAAUUUGUCAGCUAUUUUAUGUACUAAUGACGGAGAAUUCUCUGUUUCAGUAACACUUGUUUCGAGGAAAAGAAAAUAAAUAUAGAGUU